AUGGGUAUUUCGAGUCUUGGCCUUACGCCAGAGGAAAAAUCGUUGUAUACGCAGUUAUUCAAAUCUUUGGAUCCUGAAAACACCGGAAUUAUAACCGGUGAGAAAGCCCGUACGACUUUUGAAAAGUCUAAUUUACCUCCAGCAUUGUUGGGUGAAAUUUGGCAACUAGCUGAUCAAAAUAAUUUAGGCUUCUUGAAUCAAUUUGGUUUCUGCUAUGCUAUGAGAUUGAUUGGGUAUACCCAGGCUGGAAACCAUCCAGCUCCAGGUUUGGCAGACACACCUGGGCCUUUACCCAAAUUCGCUGGUAUUCAAUUUGCCCAAUUGCAACCUCAAUCAACCAGCAACUCUUUUUUGUCAAGUCAACCAAAUAAUGCCAUUCCCGGGUCAGCCACACCUCAAGAUUCAAUAGGACCCGUGGGUGCUGCAGACUAUCAAAAAUUUUCUCAGUUGUUUGCUAAGACUGUGGGAUCUGUGCAAGGUGAAUUGGGUGGCGCUAAGGCCAAAGACAUUUUUUUGAAAGCAAAGUUACCUACUGCAACAUUGGGGCAGAUUUGGAGCUUAGUUGAUCGAAACAAUACAGGUGUAUUACAUGUUGGAGAGUUUGUCAUUGCGAUGCAUUUGGUGCAAGGAAUAUUAAGUGGUCGUAUUAAGCAAUUGCCACCUUUUCUUCCUGAUAACGUUUGGCAAUCGGUGAAGAACGUUGGUGCAGGGUCAUCACCUGCGCCUGCGCCUGGACCAGCUUCCGCACCCGCACCUGCACCCGCACCAGGACCGGCUCCUAGACCUCAAUCACCAGCCUACUCCUCCCGUCAAACUUCUGUUAGCUCUCAGCAGACUGCAAUCAGAUAUCCUCCAUCUGACGAUGAAUGGGUUGUCACACCAGUGAUGAAAGCUCAGUUUGACUCUAUUUUCAACAACCUCGACAAAGAGAACGCGGGCCAGUUGAAUCCAGAUCAAGUUGCAUCUUACUUGAUGACGUCGAAAUUAGAUCAACAAGACUUGGCCGCCAUUUGGGAUUUGGCAGAUAUUCAAAACACCGGACUUUUCACAAAGUUGGAAUUUUCAAUUGCUAUGUUUUUGGUGAGCAGAAGAGUUACUGGCAAGAGCUUACCCAACGUGAUUCCAGAAAGUUUGAUCUCGUCGAUUAAAAGUACCAAGUCGCAAGAGCCAUCAGCUCCGCAAGCUCUGCAAGCUCUGCAAGCUCUGCAAGCUCCAUCAGCUCCAUCGGCUCCACCACAAAGAGUCAAAUCUUCCAUGGAUGAUUUGGUAGAUGUGUUUGGCAGCCCAUCUCCACAACAACAGCCUGCUGCAUCUGCUACUUCUACUACAGAUGCCGGUAGAGCCGGUAAUACCGGUAAUGUUCCCCUCACCUCUUCUGCAAGUGCUGGUGGUGUGAAUGAUGCUGGUCACGCUCCACAUUUAAGAAAUUUGACACCAAGAAACUUGACAAGCACUUUUAAGCCAACUUCAAGUUUUGGGCAGUCUUUGAUGCAGGGAUCAGAACCAGUUGCAAGAACUUCCACUGCAAAUAGUAAAGACUCGUUAGUUGACUCUAAAGCAGAGGAUACGUCCAAAGUGGAAAUUCAGAGUUUGAAAGAGAAAUUAGCUGCUGCGGAAAAGAGAGUAGCGGAAGCAGAAGAAAGGGCCGAAGGUGAGAUCCGUAAUUUGAAAGUGAAGAUAGUAUCCGCAGAACAAAAAGCUUCAGCCAUAGAGGAAAAAGCUGAAGCUGAAGUUCAGAAUUUGAAGCAGAAAUUAGCAGCCGCAGAGCAGAAUGUAGUGACUAAUGGAAAUGAAAUUCAAAACUUGAGAGAGCAAUUGGCAGUUGCAGAACAGAAAGAAGUAGCUAGUGAAAAUGAAAUCCAAAACUUGAAAGAAAAAUUAGCGGCUGCUGAACAAAAUCAAGUGACAGCUGAAAAUGAAAUCCAGAAUUUGAGUGAGAGAGUAACAAUUACAGAACAAAAAAACGCAGCUAGUGCAAGGGAAAUUCAAGAUUUGAAGUCAAAGCUAGCAUCUGCGGCGCAAAAAGAAGUGGCUGUUGAAAAUGAAGUCCAAAACUUGCAAGAGAAGCUAGUAGUCUCGGAACAAAAAGAAGGGGCUUAUGAGAAAGAAAUUCAAAAUUUGAAGGACAAACUAGCAGCUGCAGAAGCUGAAGUGAGAAAUGCGGCUGAGGCUAGAAAUGCGACUGAGGCUAGAAAUGCGACUGAGGUUAGAGAUGAUACCGAUGCCAGAACUGUGACCGUGGCCAGAAAUGUGACCGAGCCAAGAAAUGGAAAUGAGUUGACGAACAAACCUGAGGAUAAAUCACACGAAGAAGUUGGAGUUGCUUCUGCAGGUGCUGGUGCCGGUGUUAUUGCUGCGGUUGGUGCGGCUGUCGGAGCCGCUACUGGUAUUGGUUCCUCUGACAAUAAGCCACCUACGGCUCAAAAUGGUCCCGAACAAGAUUUCCCACCAAUUAAGGACCUUGAAUUGACUGAUGAAGAAUAUGACGAUGCAUCAGAAAAUUUAGGCGAACAACCAGAAAAGGAGCAAAAGGACGCGUUUGAUGAAAACUUUGAUGAUCUUCAACCAGCAACAGAAGACGUGGGCGAGGAUUUCAAUUUAGAGCCUGCACUGGUGGAGAAUGAAGACACAACUGAGUUUGAAAAAUCUAACGACUCGGCAAACAAAGACGAGUGGGAAGAAUUAUUUGCGGGAUUCGGAAAUGCGUAG